ACGCGAGCGUUUGUGGCGUCGACACGCCACGGCGAGACGCGUCAAAUUCCCCAUUCUAAUAGCAAAUAGGGUUCUACAACUAGGCUAGGGUUUUACAUUGGAGGAAAUAUUUUGCGGUACUCCGGUGAUCGAUCGAUCGAUCGCGUGCCGUGCCAGGUUUGUAGCGAUGUCGCAUUCCGGAGGAGGAUACUCGAGCGCGCCAUCGGCGCCACCGGCGCCUUCAUCGCCCUAUCAAUCAUGGCAGCCGGGGCAAUCCACAGCCUACUCGUCAUCGCCAUACGCGCAGCCUCCGUCGGCCUCGCCAGGGAUGUCUCCAGCUCCUCCUUAUGCAUCUCCAUACUCGUCUGGAUCUGGAGCUCCUCCAUCCUAUGGGGGCGCCGCGCCGACGCCUCCCUAUGGAGGACCUCCAUCGGCUCCUUGGGCUCAGCCUCCAUCGGGCUAUCCAUACGGCUAUCCACAGCAGCCUCCACAGCCGGGCUACGGCCAAUUCGGGGCGCAAUUCCCUCCUGGGACCGAUCCGGAGAUCGUUCGCGCUUUCCAGGGCGCCGAUCGCGAUGGCAGUGGGACGAUCGAUGAUAUGGAGCUCCAGACGGCGCUCUCGGCUGGGCAGCCUUUCAGCUUGCGGACGGUCCAUCUCAUGCUCCACCAGUUUGCCAACAAUGCGAAGAGAAUCGGACCAACGGAGUUUGCGACGCUCUGGAAGGCUCUAAGAGACUGGAGAGGAACUUUCGAGCGGUUUGAUAGAGAUCGCAGCGGGAGAAUAGAGACCGGAGAACUUAGAGACGCGCUCUUGAGCCUCGGAUAUGCAGUCCCACCAUCGGUACUGCAAAUUCUAGUCUCAAAGUACGAUAAGACUGGGCAAGCCCGCGGCCUAGAUUAUGACAACUUUGUCGAGUGUGGCUUGGUUGUAAAGGUGAGUUCAUCGUUUUAUUUUCUUUCUUUUGUUGUUUUGGUGACACUGACAAGUUCCUACCGUGCAAUGCAGGGACUCACGGAGAAGUUCAAGGAGAAGGAUGUGAAGCUCACGGGCUCGGCCACGCUAAGCUACGAGGCGUUCAUGCUUAUGGUUUUGCCUUUCAUUGUUGCUUAGAAAUAUUACUCUCUUGUUAGAUUACUCAUCGUGUUUGUAUGUUUGUUUGCAAAGUAUUGGAACCAGGCAGUAGUGAAAGCGAAAGAAGACGUACGUGUUCUAUCGCUCGAAAAGACUUGCCACUGUAUAAUCAGGUACUCACAAACGACUAAUUCAAGUGGCUCAUCCAAUUUGUCAACUAA